AUGCCUGGGCACAUCACAGACCACCUUAGGCUUGCAGGGCAUGGUUUCUUCAUGGAUCUCGUGUCUGGUUCGGUGUUCUGCUCCGACUGUGAUGAUUUUAUUUAUAGUAGCCGACUCGAUCAGGCGCACUCCCUUGCGCUGCUCUCUGCGGAAGAACAGGUCGCUCGUUUUAAGAUAUCUUCUUCUCCGCGCCAGCAAUAUCGCCCUUGGGUUCCCGAUGGACAAAUAGCCAACGACCUAGCCCGGGCCACACAAGUGCAAUGCUCGGGUCUACGGGGACUCAUCAACAUGGGCAAUACGUGCUACUUGAAUGUAAUUGUCCAAACUAUGGUGCACAACCCGUUAGUACGGAAUUAUUUUAUGAGCGACAGGCACAACCACCAGUUGUGCGAUACCAAAGACUGCAUGAGCUGUGAAAUGGAUCGGUUGUUCACCAAAGUCUAUUCCUCCGAUCCAGGACCAUAUGUUCCUACUUCAAUGCUUCAUUGCCUUUGGGUCAAGUCAAGCGAACUAGCAACAUACGCGCAACACGACGCUCAUGAGUUCUUCAUCUCAAUGCUCAAUCAAAUUCACGCGACUACACCCGGGUCUUCUCAGACGAAUUGCACAUGUUUGGUCCAUUCGACAUUUGCCGGCUUGCUACAAAGCGAUGUCCAAUGUGGGCAUUGUGAGAACGUAACAUCAAGAUCGGAGAUCAUGCUUGAUAUAAGUCUAGAACUGAAGCCGACAGCUCAAAAUGUGGGGACGGAGGAUACUGAAAUGACCCUUCUUUCUUGUCUGAAAAGAUUCACUCAGCCCGAGAAAACGACAUAUAAAUGUGAUAAAUGCGAGAAAUCAUCGAAUGAUGCUACCAAGCAGUUCAGUAUACGAAAACUCCCCCCAGUGCUGUGUUUUCAGCUCAAGGCAAGCCCUGGACAGAUGAUCAUCGCAUUGCGAUUCGAAGUCGGCGCCGCUUCCUCUAACAAGAUCGACCACGUGGUGAGAUUUGGUGCCACAUUGAAUAUGGCACCUUUCUCGUCAGUUGUGGCAAGAAAAGGUGCCAAUAAGGACCCCGGCCCGGAUUCGAUGUACGAAUACGACCUUCUAGCGGUACUUAAUCAUGAUGGCCAAACGAUGGAUAAUGGGCACUACACCAAUUUUGCGCGUUGCCAAGAUCGAUGGUAUAGAUUUGAUGAUGCCAAGGUUACGCGUGUCACUUUGCAAGAAUGCCUCAAGUCCUCCGCAUAUAUGCUCGUCUAUGUGAAAAGACAUUUGAGCUACCGAGCAGGAGCCGACGAGAUGUUCCUACCGGUAGAUGGCGAACUUCUACCAAAUAUCGACAUGUCCGAGUCAAUGUUGAUGGAACUCUCGGCCGCAGCUCAGGAUGAGGAACUCCUUCAGCUCUUGGGUGAUGGGUUGGACCACGCAAUGGAAGACCUCCAGAAGGAUUUUGACGCUCUUUCUACAGAAGUGUUAAUUAGCGGGACAUUCGAUGCGCAACAAACACUGAAAGACUUGCUUAAAAUGCUCGAAGACUAUGCUAACCAGCACGCCAAUGAUAGCAGUGCCAGCCACGAUCCCGAGACAAAACGAGAUACGCCGGGCGAGACUAACAGGGAUGUUAGACAAGCGAUAGCCCUUCUUAAAGCGAUGCGAGAGCUUCCCAAGGGGAAAUAUGUAUGGACCCUCUGGGGCGAAGAUGUCGAUGUUAACUCCCUCCCCCUUCUGGGCCCGGGUAUUAGAAACGCAAACAAUGGUCCUUUCUACUACAACAUGCCAAGCGAUGCAGAAAUGGCGCGCCCAGAGGUUCAGAACACGUUAGCUGGAGCAGGUGCUGGUGGCCAGACCGAUGAAUCUAUCUCUAUCGUUCUCAAACGGAGAAGAGAAUGGCUAGGUCUCCAGGCUCUUAUCGCUAAGCUCUUAAGCGAAAUGGACCUUAAAGAAUACGCGCUUCAUGGUAUUUGGGCUGCUCGCGAUGGGCUUGAAAAUUGGCCUGCCGUACCCCCAGCAAUCAUCACUGAGCAACAUGCGGAAGAGCCACCAGCCGGCGAGGACACGGCAGCAUAUCGAGCGCUUCUGGUUGAAGGUGCUACAACCUGGCUUCGCUUUGCUGCUCAUCAACUAUAUGCAUGCACUGAGAUUUGGGGACCCAAUGGGAACCCAGAGUGGAAAUCUAAUGCGGGUGCACCUGGCCAUGGGGGAGAUCGUUGGAAGGGGGUUGAUGGAAUGGAUCCUGGAAGAAACGAGGUCAGCGAAGGGCGUGGGAAGGACUGGAAGGUGAAAUAUGGGGCACUCAAGGCAUUAGAGGCAAUGGUUAUAGCUGAAGGAAACUGA